AUGGGAAUGGAACUUGGGCAGCAAACUUUGGGAGAAAACGCAAAUGCCAAGGGGGCUGUUUUCCGACUAUCGGAAGGUGCAACGGUGAAGGAGUUUGGUAGGUUUUGGUGUAGGGGUUACAAGGAAGAGGUUGGGCAUUAUUGCGUAGAAGUGAGGAAAUUAGCCUUGGAAUUAAUGGGUGCAAUUACUGAGAGCCUCGGAAUUGUUCCAACCUAUUUAGCCAAAAAAAUCAAUGAAGGAAUGAAAGUAAUGACAGUCAAUUGUUAUCCACCGUGCGCACAACCAGAUAUCGCACUAGGUUUGCCACCGCAUUCGGAUUAUAGCUGCUUCACCAUUCUUCUUCAGAGCUCGCCGGGUCUCCAAAUUUUGGACUCAAAAAAUGGCAAAUGGAAAUCGGUUCCUGAAGUUCAUGGUGCCCUAGAAGUCCAUUUUGGAGACCAUAUUGAAGUGCUAAGCAAGGGCAUUUACAAGAGUGUUGUGCAUAGGGCGACUCUGAAUAGUGAAAGGACUAGAAUAUCGCUUGCUAGUUUACAUAGUUUGGAGUUGGAAGAGAAAAUGGAAACGGCUAAAGAGCUAGUGGAUGAACAAAAUCCGAAGAGAUAUAAAGAGAGUAGCGUCAAGGAUUUUCUGAAUUUUAUCUCCAAGAAUGACAUUGGUGAGGGGAAAACUUUAAUGGAUACACUGAAGAUGAAGAAUUAA